GUCGAGCUGUCAGUCCACAGCAGAACACAUGAACCUCGUCGCCGCGAGCGGAGUUGGUCACUCGUCGGUUUACGUGCACAUAACCGCUCCUCGGCGUUUCCAUUCAGGCGGGGCGAGAACAUGACGGGACCCUCCUCUGUCAUCCGUGCGGAUCGACCACAGAGCGCGUAGGAGGGCUAAGCAGCAUCGCUUGUCCGGCGUACUGCUAUCCGCUGUUAGCUCGCGGGCUAACGGUUUGCUAGCUGGUGAAGGGAGACCCCGGCUCCGCUCCGCUUCGCGCCGUCCGUUUGGCUAACGUCACGUAGCUGACUCGCUAAAGAAGGUCGGACGGACUAACGUUAGCUGGUUGUCAGGGGACGUUGAGCUAACCAGUCGGCAUCACGAAUGUCUCAUUUUUUAAACAAUUAAUUUUAAGACUGCAUGAUAACUUGUGUGCCCUUGGCGACUGAGCUUUGCGUUUUGCUCUCGUUCUAUACGUGUCAUCAUUUUACCCCAUUUGCCGUUUGCUAGCUAGAACGCUAUUCGGCUAUGCUAACGCAGGCUCAGUGAGACCUUGCAUCACAACGCGGCGGAGAGCUCAAGACCAGUCGAGGAAGGAAGAGAGGUGACUUAUGAUGUGGACGGAGGGAAGCGGCGGAGUGUUAGGCGAAGGGGAGCAGCAGUAUUAGCGCUAACACGUCGUAGUCUUAUUCCUCGUCGAGGGAAAGCCACACACGUCAGCCAAACCGUCCAGGACGUUGGAGGAAGGAAAAUAAUUCGGGCACUUUGAUUUGCGAGCCAGGCUAAAUGAAUAGUAUUGGUGUUACGGAGUCGUGAGCUAGUGGCCACUGUGCCAGCUUCAGGGGAGACACGGUCGGGAUUAUCACACAGACUGCAACAGCCAACCAGUUCGCUCAAAGAUGGCUUCGGCGAGCAGCAUUGCCGCAGCUAUUGCGAGCAAAACGAAGACCAAGAAGAAGCACUUCGUGGCUCAGAAAGUGAAGCUCUUCCGUGCCAGCGACCCGCUGCUCAGCGUGCUUAUGUGGGGAGUCAACCAUUCGAUAAAUGAGUUAAGCCAUGUUCAGAUUCCCAUCAUGCUCAUGCCAGAUGACUUCAAGGCCUAUUCUAAGAUCAAAGUGGACAACCACCUAUUCAACAAGGAGAACAUGCCCAGCCACUUCAAGUUCAAGGAGUACUGCCCUCUGGUGUUUCGAAACCUCAGGGAGAGGUUUGGCAUCGAUGAUCAGGACUUCUUGAACUCCCUUACACGCAGCGCUCCUUUGAACAGUGAUGCCCAGGGACGCAGCGGGGCCCGCUUCCAUACCUCGUAUGACAAACGCUACGUCAUCAAGAUCAUCAGCAGCGAGGACGUGGCAGAGAUGCAUAACAUUCUAAAGAAAUAUCAUCAGUUCAUCGUGGAGUGCCAUGGCAACACACUGCUGCCUCAGUUUCUGGGGAUUUACCGGCUCACCGUGGAUGGAGACGAGACCUACAUGAUCGUCACACGCAAUGUCUUCUCCCACCGCCUCUCCGUCUACAAAAAAUAUGAUCUCAAGGGUUCCACUGUUGCACGAGAGGCCAGCGAGAAGGAAAAGCAGCCGCCCCAACCAGAGGAUGUGCCCCUGCGGCCCAAAUCUGGUAACGUUCAGCAAAGGCUGCAAACACUGCGGAUUGCCACGCGCUUUUACUGCGCCAUGAAACACGUAAGAGAUGCAAAGGAGCUGCCCACCUACAAGGACAAUGACUUCAUCAAUGACGGGCAGAAGAUCUGCAUUGACGGGGAAAACAAGAAAAUGUUCCUGGAGAAGCUCAGGAAAGACGUAGAGUUCCUCGCCCAGCUGAAGCUCAUGGACUACAGUCUGCUGGUGGGGAUCCACGAUGUGGAGCGAGCCGAGCAGGAGGACGUGGAGAGCGAGGACAAUGAGCCCGAGGAUGAGGGGGAGAGUGAUGGAGGAGGCAUUGGAACGCCCCCUGACAGUCCCAGCAACACCUUGGACAGCACCAAGCCUCUGUCCCCAGGAGAGUUUGAUCCGGCUAUUGAUGUCUACGCCAUCAAAAGCAAUGAUAGUGCUCCCAGGAAGGAAGUUUACUUCAUGGCUGUCAUAGACAUCCUACAGCAUUACGAUGCCAAGAAGAAAGCUGCUCACGCCGCCAAGACUGUCAAACAUGGAGCCGGAGCGGAGAUCUCCACGGUGAACCCAGAGCAGUACUCCAAGAGGUUUUACGAUUUCAUCACCACUAUCCUGUCAUAGCCUCCAGGAGCUACAGGGGGCACACAGGCACAUAGGAAAGGCGGGGCGAGUAGGAAGUGGGGGGGGGGGUGUGAGAGAGAGGAAAUAAGACAUCGAAGGGGCUGAAUUAAUAAGGUGCUAUGAUGGCUUUUAUCACUCUCCCUCGUUCUCCUCAUCCCUCCCUGUUGGUUUCUCUCUCUUUCGAUAGCGUGCCACGCUCUGCAGCUAAAAAACAAACAAACGUCAUUCGUUUACAUUUAACCUCCUCCUAUGUUGACUUUUGCUCAUGUGUCACUUUGAAUGAUGAGGAUGUCGAAAGCAGACAUCCAAGUUAAUUUUUUGUUUUAUAUCAUUGUUUUUUGUCAGUUUGGUUGUUUCAUGUGGGAAUAUGGCUUUUUAUUGCAUCAAAUACAACAUCCAGCACCCUGCAUUUUUAUUUUGUUUUUGCUGCGAUGAAGGGGAGGUCAGAUUACGGCACGCGGUGAGGUUCCUCUCGCAAAGAGGAGGCUUAAUGUAACGAGGAAGCUCAUGCCGAGCCUCGCCUAAUGCAAUUGCUUCAUUUCAGGGAGUAGGAAGCAGUCUUCCAAUAGGCCAACAGUCGCCCCCCCUCCCCCCCCCCCACCCAAUGCUAUACAAGCACUCAGCCAAAAAAAUAUUCCCACUUGGGUUCCUCCUGCAUCAACCUUUAAAGGCCAUCCCCUUUCCUCAGUGUCCAGCUAAUGAAUUGUGCCACACACUCACAUCAACAACAACAAGCGCUUCUCGUCAGCUAAGUUCACCUGUUGCAGUCAAAUUCUGAUGCUUGUUUCCAGCACGAGUCGGAAACUCUGUGCUUGUCGGUGCUUUGUCCCUUUUCGCUUUGUUGUGACUGAGAAUGAUUUAAGGGAAUGAUGUGUACCUGGAAGUGAGAAGUAAAGAGGGAUCAGAGCACACAGUAGAUGUAUUUCGGUUGCAUUACCUCUGGCUACGUGAGACAUUGUCCCACUGCUGUAGUUAAUGAGAGAACGGCCCUCUUUGUUGUAUCUUCAUAACGGGCGUCGGAUAGAAACAUCAACAGCCCAAUGUGUGCAACUCUCUGUUGCCAUCAGCACCUUAUAAAAAAACUUAAAUCCCAAAUGUUGCACUUUUAUUUGUCACUUGAGGUUAGGAGCUCUUGUUCUGUUACUGCUGCAACAAAAGGAAAUUGGCCCGAUCUCCGAUCCCGUCUCCUCUGGUCCCCCUCCCUUCUCACCUAUGGGUACACAGACUGGAGGGAUUGGUAAAGGGAGACUACUGCAAUAUUAGACGGAAAAGUGGAGCAGUUCUAUUUCCAGGGCGUUGGUAAGCUAAGCCUCCGGCCCCCGGGGCGUUGGAUCGGGGGGGAGCGUGUGCUUGUGUGUUGAGGAGCAGAGCGUUUACCUCCAGCAUCGUACCAGCACACACUCGGUGAUGGCGAACGACCUGUGAGUGUGUGAUUCAGUGUUUAAAACCUAAAGAUGCAUGUUAAGUCAUUAACACCAACAGCAUCUUUCUCUUCUCUAACCUCGUCUGUGAGUCUGUUGUUCAUCGUAGUUUGUGUUGUUAUCGAUGGCAUUUUUAUAGGUGAUUUAUCUGUGUUUUGAAUUUGGCCGUUUUAUGAAUUAAUGUGGUAAUCUUUUUUUGAGUGUUUGUUUUUUGUAUAUUUUGCACAAGAGGAAAGGAACCAAAUGUUACGAAUACAAUCCCAAUUAGUUGAUAGUCUUAACAAGGGAAAUGCAAUAUACCUGUGUGUAAGCGAGGAAAGUUGUGCGUGUGGUGUUGUGUAUCACUUGUGGACAACCAACUGAAACAAGUACGGUUGUCCUCUUUGACCAUUGUAACCCAUGCAAAAAGCUUCCACCACCAUAUCUGUGUGAGCAAUCACAUUUAUAUUUUUACAUUGGAUUUUAGUCAUGAAAUAGUUUUAUUUAAAGAAAUAUAUAUGUGGAGCCACCUGUGGGAACGAAUGAUGGUGCUGUGGUAAAUGAAGAAUGAUUGUGCUUGAAUUUACACAAUACUUACAAUAGAUGUACCUUACAAAAAAAAGUUCUAAAAAUAUUGCAUGUCACAGGACUAAGUUUCCUUUUUCCUCGCUUGUCUGUGUUGUUGGCUGUUCGGGUUCUCUUUGUGUCCCUAAACUUUACCACAAUUUAUGAGCUGUUCAGCGUGAAAUAGUCCCUGCUUUAAAUAACUGUUUUUCAUUGUAUACACUGUGCAAGAUGUGUGCCUUUUAUACUUCAAAAUGAUUUAAUUUUAUAUUUUGUAUUCUUUUUUUAAAACAAAGGUAAAGGGUUAUUUGAACAGUAGGGUAUAUCCAACUUUAUUCCCAACCCUCUUCCACUCCACCUCCUGUGUGUUUCAUACGAUUAAGUCAGCUGAAGAAAUCCCCUCUGACUGAUUGUGUUCCAAACGUGAACAGCUGUCGGGAAUCUGAAUAUUGGUGGAGUGGAUCGGAUUCUGUAACUUCCGAUGGAUCGUCGUGAUUCUUCAGUGUUCCCCUUUUUUCCUCCUCGGAGCGCGAGGGGGUGUCUGCCGGCGUUACUCCCUUGUUCGGUCGCGCUGGUCCUGCCUUUUUAUUCAGAACGUGCAUGUGUGGAAGUGCAUUGUGAGAUGUGGUUGUGCUUUGUCGUACUUAUCCUCGCUAACUGACAGCUGACCCCCCCCCCGUUCAGGAGUCUGUUAUCACAUGUACCUUCUCAUCACAGAUUUCAGGAAUGUGUUUUCUUUAUUUAAUAAUUGUUUGUUCAACAUUUCACUCCAUCUAUAAAUCAUUUCCGAAGCAGGUUUAUGCUCUCUUGCGUUUUGUGUAACCCAGAUGACCCUUUUUUGUUUUUACGAAGGCCACCAGCUGAUAGUUCACCCUGAGUCAGUGGUUAAUUGGUAUUUCAGUGUUCUUUCAGUAUUUAUGAGCGGUUUUUGUUCCUAUCGUCGCCUAGCUCACGCUGUACAUAGGUUGUGUCAUAAAGAAACGUGAUCAUCCUCGCGUCUGUUUCGCUGUGUUCGGCCCUGGAGGCCUCACUGUACUCAGAUAGCAGCAAGUGUAAAACAGAGCAGUGCAUGCUGGGAUUUAUUAUUCCCUGUUUCAUUUUGGGAAUGUUCACUCCGGAUGUUGUCGGAAACUAAACGGAUGCAAAUUGAAAAAUGAUAAUAACACAUGCGCCCUGCUGCUGUUCCUUGAAUUUUAACAAGUCUUUCGCUUUUGUGACUUUUCUCGUGAACGAGCUCCUCCCCCCCGUCGACCCGCCAGUCAACCUGCCGCCACGUUGACCCGCCUCAACGCUCAGAACCACCACACAUGAGCUUGAAGAACAUUGUGUAACGUGUUUGAACUGAAUUUGUUUUUGUUGGGUUUUUUUACAUGCACUGGGGAAUGGAGGAAGAUGUGCGUCACUGAUAUGUGAACAUGUCCAGUUAGAAGAAACAGCCCUGUGUUCAUGUGGUUAAGGGUUACGCAUGUUAAGGGGAAAUUUGAUCACAAAUGCGAAUGACCAGAGGCCGAGAAAGAUCUUCAGAGGCGGGAAAAAAAAUGCCCUUUGGGCUCUUGUUGGAAGAAAUAUAUAUAUUUUGAAAUUGAUUGAAAAGUGCAUGUGCAAGUCACGUCAACAGACACCAGGGCCCGGACAUAUGCCUGUCUGCAAGUCCCAAGUACUUUUAGAAAACAUCUAAAAGAUGUGAGUGUACGUGUGUGUGUGUGUGCGCGCGUGUGUGUGUGUGUUGCUGUCUGACUAUGGUUGUUGAGAGUUCUAUUUCAGUGGCAGACAGGCCAAAAUGAUAUGUAUGUUAAUUGUUCUUCACAUUUAAUGAUGGCGAUAAGAAUACACUCCAUUCCAUAAGCGUUCACUCAAAACAAUUAAAGCACUUGUUAUGCUUAA